CACCGUACAAGUAGCCGAUUAGGUUCUUCGCUGCGUGUGCCCUAAUAACAAAAGCACUGACCUGAGGGAGAUAGUGAAGAAGAGAUGGGAAAGAAGAAGCAAAAAGCCCAAGAAAAUGGGAGUAACAACAAUGAUGACGCCAAGAAUGAGCUAGUAGAGAAAGAAGGGGAGAACUUAUUAGGGGCACCCAAGUUCAAGAAACUCGAGAAUGGUCGAUUCAAGUGUGUUGAAACUGGGCAUGAAUUGCCUGCUCAUGCCAAGGACUCUUAUGCUCAGACCAAGCACUGCCGAUUGGGUCUCAUUGACUCUUUUCUGAGACGUAAUAAACCCCCUUUGAAUAUGUUUCAGCAAGACCCUGUGUCUAGCUCGAAGUUAACGUGUAAGCUAACAGGACUUACUGUCAAUAAGUCUGAGGAGCAUAUAUGGAAGCAUAUCAAUGGGAAACGGUUUCUGAACAUGUUAGAGAAAAAAGAAGCUGAAAAGGAAGCACCAAAUGGAACGGGUGAAGGCCCUAGUGAGGAAAAAACAGAUGCGAAUAAAACUGAAGAUGGUUCAACGAAGAAGAACAAGAAAAAGGAGAAGAAGAAAAAGAAAAAGAAGAAUAUGAGCAAACAAAUGGAAGAGACUGAGGAGAAUGCAAACGUUUCUGAUGUGAAGAAUCCAUCUGGCGAGGGUGAUAGUUUAGAAGAAGUGGACUUCUGGAUUCCUCCUUCUGGAGACCGCUGGGACUUUGAUGAUGGUGGCCAGCGAUAUGGUUCUGAUUCAGGACCUGAAACAGAUGAUUCCAGCGGCACAGAUGGUGCUGAUGAAGAAAAUGGAAGUGAUAUGGAAGAGCUGUCCAAGAAGGAAAAACGAAUGCCUGUGGAAAGUAAUAUAGAGAACUGUAUGCCAAGGAAGAAGAAGAACAAGACUAAGUCCACAUCACAAGAUAACUGAACGGGUAAGUUGAAAGCUGAAGGAGGGGUCAGUAAUUGUGCAAUUCCCGUGUCUAUGAAAGGUGAUAAGUUGCGGGGGUGUCUGAGAUUGUACCCAUCCAUUGUUGUGUACGGUUCAUUUGUUAGAAAUAUCAAAUAUAUGAAUUAUAUGAAGUUUUAGUAAUUUUGGGAAUUCCAAGGUCUUUCAAGUGCUGCUUUUUUUGC